GGGGUGAUUUUUGUGUGUGUGUAAAGCAGACAGUAAUACCGCGCCAAUAAUUCACGGUGCCUCAUAAAAAGCCAACAUUAAACCGCCCCGGGCCUACAAAUCAUCUGCGCCAAAUUAUGAGUUCACUCUACUUCGCCAAUGCGCUGUUUUCCAAACAUCAACAAGCCGCUGCAGGCUGCUCCGCUCUGUGCUUCACAGAUUCUCCAACUUCUCCCUCAUCGGUUUCCUCUGCCUCGUCUGUGGCGUCUUCCUCGUGCGCCCUCGUGUCCAGCGGAUUUAAUAACCAAGAUGCUUCCAAUGGCAGAUGCGGCGGCGGACAGCCUUCACUUCCCUCCUCAGCUUCGCCUUCCUCAUCCUUCUGUUUUCCCUCCUCCUCAUUACUCAGCUUGUCUUUUGCGGAACUGAACAGCAACGGCGAUGACAGUCGGCCCGGUGCUCAGCCUCUCCGCAGCGCAGCAGUCAGCACCAGGGACGCUUACCAGGCGCUGGUAGUUGGGCCAAUGUGCCCACCGCUGCGGAGAUGCGCCUCAGGGCGGUUCCCCGAUCCAACCCAGUUCUACCCGUCGGCCUCCAGCCUCCCAGAACCACCCUGCAGGAGUCAACAAAGCCCGGAGCAGCAGCGGAGCCAGCUAAACCACCAGAGGCUACUCAUUUACCCAUGGAUGAGAAGCUCAGGUUCUGACCGGAGACGCGGCCGACAGACGUACACGCGCCACCAGACGCUCGAGCUGGAGAAGGAGUUCCACUUCAACCGGUACCUCACGCGGCGACGGAGGACGGAGGUCGCGCACGCGCUCGGCCUCACAGAGCGUCAGAUCAAGAUCUGGUUCCAGAACCGGAGGAUGAAGUGGAAGAAGGACAACAGGGUGACAGACAGCGGGUCCACGGCGGCCGAGUUACCCACGCCUGCAGAGGACGAACAGGAGGAAGAGGAGGAGGGCGAUGAAGAGGAAGAAUUAUAUGCGUAAUAGGUUAUGAAACUGCAGACAUGUGCAGAACAAAAUGGCUCCGCAGUCGGGUCUAACAUCCAGCUGUUUUCUUUGCUAAAGAAAAGUCGUUAGACAAUAAUCAUCAUAAUCAGAAAAUCAUCAUAAGAUGAAGUUCACUGGAAACAUCCCAUCUGUGUCCUUUCACGCAGGUCGACGCUGUGAGAGCACGAGAGGCCAGUGAGUUUAACUGAACAGCAGACGAAUCUACUGUUUAUUGUUUGUGACGAGCAGAGCUGUUUGAUUCUCUUUCUGGAUGAUCAGACAUGGCGCUGACGCACGUCUCUGCUUCACACUGCGCUACUGAACUUUGCUUACAUCAUAUUCUACAGUUUCUCUUCAAGUUUACGUGUAUUUGAUUGCAAAAUAGUCGGAACCCCACGUUCCACCUCGGCUCUAAUUUCACUAAAUAUCUUUUAAGAUAUAGCGUCUUUAUAUGUAUAUAUGUCUUUAUAAUAAUUUAUUAUAACUUAGUCCCAAUUAUUGUUCAAUGUAUUUUUUAAAAAAACAUGUUAUAAUUAGGAAAUAAUAUAAAUAAUUUUACGAGCAUGGUAUUUAAAGACCAUACUUGUGCGGAUUAAAUAAAGGCUCAGGCCCAUGUCUACAUUCUGUAUCUUUGAUGUUAAAGUCUGACGCGUCUUUUCUGCGUCUGGUUCCACUUGGAUUCAUUUUGACUUUAGCUUUUCCUGAAUAAAGUUGGAUUUAGAUUUUGUUUCUGUAUUUGCACACAUGUUUAUUCCUUGUAUGUGGUAUGUUUAAACGACAAGGCAAAAUUCCUGUUUUAUAUAUCAAUAAUAAAAAAAUAG